AUGGCUGCAACUCGUCCAAAGGCACUCGUGCUUGCAGUACUGGUACUGCUCGUGAGCUCCGCCCAGCUAUCCAUGGGGGCAAGGAGGCGCAUGGAGCUAUAUCAACCCAAUCCGGCGGACAUGCUCUCCUACCACAACGGAGCCGUGCUCCACGCCGACAUCUUCGUGUCCGUGCUCUGGUACGGCAGUUUCACGCAGGUGCAGAAGACGAUCAUCUACGACUUCCUGCUCUCCCUCACCAUGAUGCCCCAGGCCGCCUCGCCGUCCGUGUCGCAAUGGUGGAGCAUCAUUGACCAGCAGUACUUGUCCAAGGCGACGCAAGCCAAACCCAAUGCCGGCGGGGCCAAGCAAACCCGGGUGAUGCUCGACAACCAGGUCUCCGACGACGCCUGCUCCAUGGGCACGUCCCUCACCCUGGCGCAAAUCUCCGCUCUCGCCGCGAGGGCCAAGCCCAAGAAGGGCGGCGUCGCGCUGGUCUUCACUGCGCAGAACGUCACCGUGGAGGACUUCUGCAUGAGCCAGUGCGGCCUGCACGGCUCGGACGCCAAGUCCGGCACCACGUACGUCUGGGUCGGCAACUCGGCCACGCAGUGCCCCGGCCAGUGCGCGUGGCCGUUCCAUCAGCCUGUGUACGGCCCGCAGAGCCCGCCCCUCAUUCCGCCCAACGGCGACGCUGGCGUGGACGGCAUGAUCGUCAACCUGGCGAGCCAGUUCGCCGGCGUGGUGACCAACCCGUUCCGUGACGCGUACUACCAGGGCUCCAGCGACGCGCCCCUGGAGGCCGCCACGGCGUGCCCGGGACAAUUCGGCAGCGGCUCGUAUCCAGGAUACGCCGGCAACCUGAAGAUUGACCAAGCGAGCGGUGCUAGCUACAACGCCAAUGGCGCGCAAGGGAGAAAAUACCUCCUCCCUGCACUCUACAACCCUUCCACGUCUGCCUGCAGCACGCUGGUCUAG